AUGUUGGGUUCUGCAGACGUGAAGCUGUUCGCCACCUUCGUCCUGCUCGUCCUCGGAGCGCUGGCCAACGUCUUCAACCUGGCGGUCACGCUGGCGCAGAAGCAGCGGUCCGGAGGAGGCGGAACCGUCGCCGUCGUCAUCUGCUUCAUCUCUCUGGGCAACGUCCUGCUGCAGGCCUCCACUUUCGUCCUCGUGAUGUCCGUCUGGGUCGGUGUCCUCUGCUGGCCGGACCUGCCCUUCUUCUUCUGCCUCAUCCUGUUCGUCUGGCUCAGCAGCAGCUCCGUCAGCUUCUGGUCGGUGGCCGGGCUCAGCGUCCUCUACUGCGUGAAGGUGGUGAGUUUCUCCUCGGUGGUCUUCAGAGCUCUCCAGAGGAACAUCUCGGUGGUCCUGAACGUCGCCUUAUCGAUGACCCUGUUGACCUCCUGCGUCGUGUUCGCCCCGUUCUUCUACCUCCAUUUCCAGAAAGAAACUCUUCCCAACUCCACAGAAGGAGCUUCUUGUGUCAUCAGGAAGCCUCUGUUCCCCACCUGGGUGGACGUCCAUGUCUAUGUGGUCGUCUUCAUCUCCUACCUCACCCUCAUGCCGUUAGCGAUCAUGCUACCGACUUCCCUGAGACUGGUGGUGUUCCUCUGCAGACACACCUCGUCCAUGCAGAAGAAGCAGCAGCAGCAUGGUGGAUCUAAUGCUGCAGAGUCCUACCUCCUCGUCUGCAGGCUGACUGUAGCUCUGGUCUGGGUUUACUUCACCACGCUCCUCACCAUCUCCCUCUACUACUUCCAUGCUAUCUUCGCUUCUGGGCUGAGUGCCGACAUGCUCUUCCUCGGUUUGUCUUUUUACUGCGUUGCUUCUGCGAUGCUUCUUACCUGGUCCAACAAAAACCUGAGAGAAAAGCUCAGUUUGCUGCUCUGCAAGAGAAAGACGAAGGCCAGGAGAGCUGAAGAUAAACAGGAAGUGACAGCCACAGUUUGA